GCCCAGCUUCCCUAUGAUAGCGAAGAAGCACCUGAAGAACUGGAGGAGCACACAAUGGUAGCAUAUCAGGGAUUUAUGUAUGUCUUCGGAGGAAUGCAAGACUCAUCAUAUACAAACUCAAAAACACCUCUUUGGGUAUUUGAUACAGUUAAAGAGUGCUGGAUUAACUGGAAAACAGGGAGUGAAACUUUACAGGGAGUGACACCGGCAAACAGAAAAGGGCACAGUGCUGUUAUCUUUGGGUCAUCUAUGUAUGUCUACGGUGGAUACAUUGAUAUUAGAGGAUCAACAAAGGAAUUCUGGAAAUUUGAUUUUGAUUCUAGGGGGUGGUCGCUACUAAGCAGUGUACAAGGUGGACCUGGUCCCAGACAUGGUCACUCAGCUAUGACAUACCAGGACUCUAUGUACCUUUAUGGUGGCCUGCAGGGCCUUAAGGAACAGAAGGACCUGUGGAGCUGGAGGUCUGCCAGUCAAACAUGGAGCUGCAUCAAAUUCCAUUCAGGUCCUCCUAGGCUGGUUGGUCACUCUGCUGUAUUGUUUAAGGACAGCAUGCUCAUCUUUGGUGGUGGGGAAACCCAGAGCUCUCCUCAGAGCAGCUUGUGGAGGUUCAACCUGGAAACACAAACCUGGAAAAAGCUAGCAUUGUUGCCUGGAUCCCCCUCUCUGUGCCGGAUCCAUCACUGCAGCAUUGGCCUAGGCCAGAGUUUCCAGCCAACAGCCCCAAACAGUGUCUAUUUAAGGGAAAUACCCAACUCUCACAUCAUCAAUAGCAAGCUAAGACCAUUUAAGAACAAGUGCCAACCAUCCCGCCCCACUUUGCAAGAGCCCUGCAUUGAGCUCCAGACUUUCCACAUGGACAAUAAGAAGCAUUCACCAGAUUUUAGUAUUGCACUGAAAGACACUAAGCUGAAAGGAAGCUGUCUCACCUUUGAGAACCAGGAGGCUAUUAGCAAGAAGCGGAAUAGUGUUGACCUGGCAGAGGAAACCGAGGAUGCCAUGUUUCUCCAUAUGCCUGACUUGCUGUUAGUCCUGGGUGGUAAACCUCUACAAAGACAGGAUGUGAUUUCAGUGUGGCAUAUGACAGUGGCAUAAAUCUGUUGUUUUUGGUGCAUUCUACUUUCUCUGUGAGAAAUUAAUGGGCCUUAGCAACAAUACUAAUAUCCUGUGGGAGAACAAUUGAAUUAUUCAGUCAUGUACAAAGUUUUCACACUGUCUGUAAUUAUUACUGUGAGUCUGAGAAACCACAUUCACUCUGAAAGGCACCAAUUAGGGUUCCACAGAAUAUGUCAUUUGUUUCUGUAAGAGUUGUACUUAAUACUGUAUAGUGUACUGUAUAUGCUGGUUAACAUUUUACUAUGUAUCAACAAUUUAUAUUAAAGAGUUUUCACUAAGUGUGAAAUACCAGUCAAAAUGGCUCAUGUGAAUUUUAUUACAUGCUAGGAAUCAAUCCAAACAUUGUCACCUUUUGUAAUUUGCUUUGUGUGUGUUUUGUUAGAUCAAUGUAUAUUGCUGGCAGAACACAUUCAUUUUCCUGCCUUCACAUUGUUUCAGGAUCGCUGCACUCAAAUGCUUUAAUAAGUAAUGCAUUAGUGAGCAAUGUGUAAUCCAUUCGC